AUGACUGAGCAUAUCUGUAAACUCCAGGUAUUAGUUCAGUUUGCAGGAUUCCGUAAGGAUAGAUCGUGUACAGACCAAAUCGCAACUCUACGGAUCAUUGUGGAACAAUCAAUUGAAUGGAAUUCAUUACUCUACAUCAACUUCAUUGACUACGAAAAGGCAUUUGAUAGCGUGGACAGAACAACACUAUGGAAACUUCUUCGACACUACGGCGUGCCUCAGAAGAUAGUCAUUAUCAAACAGAACUCAUAUGAUGGAUUACACUGCAAAAUCGCGCAUGGAGGACAGUUGACAAAGUCGUUCGAAGUGAAGACCGGUGUCAGGCAAGGUUGCUUACUCUCACCCUUUCUCUUUCUCCUGGUGAUCGACUGGAUCAUGAAGACGUCAACGUCUGAAGGGAAGCACGGGAUACAAUGGACAUCUAGGAUGCAGUUGGAUGAUCUAGACUUCGCAGACGAUCUGGCCCUUCUAUCCCAAACGCAACAAAUGCAGGAGAAGACGAACAGUGUGGCAGCAGCCUCAGCAGCAAUAGGUCUCAACAUACACAAAGGGAAAAGCAGGAUUCUCCGAUGCAAACAGAAUGAACCAAUCCAAUCACAAUUGACGGAGAAGAUUUGGAAGAUGUAA